AUGGCUGCAGUCUCCCGGGCACCCCUGAUCCCGACCUUCACCCUGCACUGCCUGCCCUGGCUUCGGGAGGCCGGUGCCUUCCCACCAAUUCCCAUAUCCUUGCUUUAUGACUAUGCGAUGAUCCGCGCCCAUCGCCUGAACCAGCUGGCCUUUGACAUCUACCAGAAGUUUAACCUAGAGCUGCUCCAAAACUCCCUGCUGCUCAUUCAGUUGUGGCUCAAGCCCGUGCAGUUCUUCAACAGUGUCUUGGCCAACAGCCAACUGCAUAGUUUCUUAGAUAGCUUCAUCUAUGAGUACCUGAAGGACCUAGAGGAAGGCAUCCAAACUCCGAGGGGGAGGCUGGAAGAUGGCAGCCCCCAGACUGGGGAGAUCCCCAGGCAGACACACAACAAGUUUGACAUCAACUUGCACAACGAUGACACACUGCUCAAGAACUACGGGCUGCUCUACUGCUUCCGGAGAGACAUGAACAAGCUCGAAACAUUCCUGAGCAUUGUGAAGUGCCGCUCUGUGGAGGGCAGCUGUGGCCUCUAGCUGCCAGGUGGCAUCCCUGAGACCCCUCCCCAGUGCCUCUCCUGGCCCCGAAAGGUGGCACUCCAGUGUCCACCAGCCCUGUCCUAAUAAAAUUAAGUUG